UUGACUAUAAAAGCCACUACCUUUGGGGUUGGUAAAUCAUAUCAGUUUCUGUUCCACCAGCAGCCACAAUCCCCACAAGAUGUUCAAGUUUUUCGCUCUGUGCCUUUUCGCCGUCGUUGCUUUGGCCACCGCCAAGCCGCAAUUCCUGACCGCCUACUCGGCGGCCACGCCCUAUGUGGCAGCCACGCCCUAUGCGGCCUACACCGGCGGCGUCUACGCCUCGCCCUACACCGCCGCCUACACCAGCGGCGUGUAUGCCGCCUCGCCGUAUGCCUACAGCGCCGGAUAUCCCUACAGCUCUCUGUAUCUGAGACGUUAAACGAAUCCCCACUGUACGAUCGAUCCUUGAUGACAGCCCAAUGAACGAAUAAAACUGAUAAUUCUCGAUCUAAA